UCAACUGGACCUGCAGUUCCGCAUGAUGUGCAAAUGCAGCCAUUUUCUCUGAACAAUGAGAUUCCAUUUAGCUAUCAUAGCUAAUAGAAAGGAGCUUCUAUACAAGGAGGAACAAAUGUUGCUUGAGCCCUGAGGGAAGGGGAUAGUUUGCUCUUUGCUCUCUCCCUCAUGUCUCUCUGAAGAAGAAGGUGGGGGGGGGCGGGAAAAGGGCCCAUCUUCACUUUUUGUUCCAGAGUCCACUCCAACUUUGUUAUGUUUCUGCUUCCAUGAACAUGGGAUGGAGCAAGUAUGAGGAAUAUUGGCAGGUGGAGCUGAGGGAAGAUGUGGUGCGAAUGGCUUAGAAGAGUGGUGUGGACUUUGUUGGAGAUAAGUAAUAUUUCAAGUUUGAGCCUGGGGGGCACCCAAACCUGUAAGGGUUUCUGGGCAGGCUACUUCAAUAUAUAUAUAGCAGAGUAUUUCAGGAGCUAACUCACUCCCAUGGUAGCAGAAGCUAACAGGGUCUCAGGGGCAACAGCUUGUAAAUGAUAAACAUGGAGACUGAUUUAAGGUUAAACUAAUCUACUUUAUUUAGCAGUACAUAAUGAUAAGACAGACCUAUAUCGUAGCUGCUAGCUACAUGGUGGUCAGAGAGAGACCUAUAGGAGGAGGAGGAAGAGGAAGAGGAGGAGGUCAUAGAGGCAGAGAUAAACAGGAAAGAGGAAACCCUAACUGACGAUCUCUACUCCCAAAGCCCCUAGUGGCCUUUAGGGUUAUUGGUGCAAACAGUUGAGUUCAUCUGGAGCUGGAGCUCCAACAGACUUAACACCCCUUCCUUUUGGAUACACAAGCCACCCAUAUUGAUGAAAGAGUCCACAUUGUCCUCAUACUACUUUCCCCUAUUAUCUAAACUUGCCUCAUUCCAGACACAUUUAGAGAGUGCAACCAUACCCCCCUCGGCCUUCUUUUGCAUAUAGACAUUGACUCAGUGAUUUAAACUUUGUCUCUGUUCCUCUUACUUUUCAUUUCACUUGUUCUGGUUUGAACAAUGUCUGAGGACAGGUGACCAUACCUUGAAUGUUUUCCAAAUAAGGCCUUAAUAGUAAUAAGAUUGAGCUCUGAGAGGGAGGAUCUUGUCUAUGUGUGUAUGUGCUUGUGUGAGCUAGCUCGCACUGUGAGAAGAGCUGGAAGGCUAAAUGCAACUUGGAUUAAACUUGCAUUGUCUGAAUUGUUGCCAUGUUGAAGUUGGUGGAAGAAAUGGUUCCAGCUUAUUAACAGAUACAGAUAAUACCCUCAUGCCUUUUAAAAGGAAAACCUUCCUCAUCCCUGAAGCAAAACAAAUAAUUUUCCCUUCAGACAGUAACAUUUCAACAGAAACUACUCAGUGUGCUUGGAAGCAUAAUAAAGACACCCCAGCCUCCAAGUACAGGAAUAAUGUAUCAGCUGGCCAUGGACCACUGUUGGAAGGGCCAAAGACAGUUAUGUGGGUAUGCAAUUUGUGCCGAAAGCAACAAGAGAUCCUAACGAAAUCAGGAGCAUGGUUUUUUGGAAGUGGUCCACAGCAGCCGCCCAGUCAGGAUGGAACACUGAGUGAUACGGCAACUGGUGGCGGUUCAGAUGCACCUAGAGAAAAGAAAGCGAGGCUUCAAGAACGGUCAAGAUCUCAAACACCCCUAAGCACAGCAGCCAUCUCUUCACAGGAAAUAUCCUCUAGUGUGCAGCCGGACAGAAGGAAAGGCACAGAGCAAUCACAGCAAGUUAUGGGCCUGGAACAGAAGCAAAGUUCAUCGAGGUCUAGAAGUGAACCCCCAAGAGAGAGAAAGAAGACAUCCACAGGUUCAGAACAGAAUGGAAAAGGAGGUCUAAAAGGUGAGCGCAAACGUGUGCCAAAAUCCUCACUUCAGCAGGGUGAAGGACAAACAGAUGAGAGGGAAUGUAAAGAAAGACGUGAUGGUAGAAGAUUAGAGAAAGGGAGGUCUCAGGACUAUUCAGACUUUCCAAAAAAAUUUGAGGAAGGCAAGGCUAUAGAUGAAGAAAAGCAAAGGAAAGAAGAUGAAUAUCAUAUUCGAUACAAGAGUGAUCCAAAUCUAGCAAGGUAUCCUGUGAAGCCACAUCCUGAGGAGCAACAGAUGCGUAUGCAUGCAAAAGUGUCCAAAGCGCGGCAUGAAAGAAGACACAGUGAUGUUGCCUUGCCACAUACAGAAGUCGAGGAGUCUCAGGUACCUGAGAAUAAACUAGGAAAGCACUCACAGUUGCAAGGAACUCAGGACAUACAAUCUCACCCGGACACUCAAAGGGCAUACGUGAUAGAAAGAACAGGUGAUGUAAGAAUUUCCGUUUCUAAACAAUUAGCUAACCAUAGCCCACCAACUCCCAGGCAUAGUGCGGUUCCUUCAGAGCACUUAGAAUCCAAAAAUUAUGAUCCCUUUAAAACACAGAGUCGCCUAGAUCCUAGCUCUGCUAUUCUCAAUCGGAAAGCAAAGCGGGAGAAAAUGGAGACCAUGCUAAGGAAUGAUUCCCUUAGUUCUGACCAGUCAGAAUCAGUGCGACCAUCUCCUCCAAAGCCUCAUAGAUCGAAACGGGGUGGCAAGAAAAGACAAAUGUCAGUCAGCAGCUCUGAGGAAGAAGGAGCAUCAACCCCUGAAUAUACCAGUUGUGAUGACGUGGAAAUAGAAAGUGAAAGUGUCAGUGAAAAAGAGAUUACACAUUUCUUUCCAUUCACAUAUUUUGCAGGUGACUUGGAUUAUUACUGGCUGGAUCCUGCCACGUGGCACAGUAGGGAGACAUCCCCAAUUAGCUCGCAUCCUGUAACGUGGCAACCUUCUAAAGAGGGAGAUCGCCUAAUUGGACGUGUUAUUCUCAACAAGAAAACAACCAUGCCAAAAGAGUCAGGUGCAUUACUGGGACUGAAAGUUGUAGGAGGGAAAAUGACUGAUUUGGGACGACUUGGUGCCUUCAUUACCAAAGUAAAGAAAGGUAGCUUGGCUGAUGUGGUGGGACAUCUAAGAGCAGGUGAUGAAGUUCUAGAAUGGAAUGGUAAACACCUUCCAGGAGCUACAAAUGAAGAAGUUUACAACAUUAUUUUAGAAUCAAAAUCAGAACCUCAAGUUGAAAUUAUUGUUUCGAGGCCUAUUGGACUUUUUCAUCGAUUUCAUUCAACAAACUCCUUCAGACGUGUGUAUAAAAACUUCUAUGACAUUCCAAGAAUUCCCGAGACUUCUCAUCCUCCACUAGAGUCUACUAUGGAAAAUGGGCUAAAAGGGGAAGGUUCUAGCUCAUUUGAAUCUCAAAAAAUGGAACGGCCUUCAAUUUCUAUUAUUUCCCCUACUAGUCCUGGAGCCCUAAAAGAUGCACCACAAGUCCUACCAGGGCAGCUUUCUAUUAAACUAUGGUAUGACAAAGUAGGGCACCAGUUAAUAGUGAAUGUGCUUCAAGCAACAGAUCUACCACCUAGGAUAGAUGGACGACCAAGGAAUCCUUAUGUGAAAAUGUAUUUCCUUCCAGACAGAAGUGAUAAGAGUAAAAGGAGGACCAAAACAGUAAAGAAAAGCUUAGAACCAAAAUGGAAUCAAACUUUUCUCUAUUCACAUGUGCACCGUAGAGAUUUUAGAGAAAGAAUGUUGGAAAUCACUGUUUGGGAUCAACCAAGAGUACAAGAAGAAGAAAGUGACUUUCUUGGAGAGAUCCUUAUAGAAUUGGAGACGGCACUUUUAGAUGAUGAACCACAUUGGUAUAAGCUGCAGACACAUGAUGAAUCCUCACUACCUCUGCCUCAGCCAUCACCUUUCAUGCCAAGGAGACAUGCCCAUGGUGGAGAAAACUCUAGCAAAAAAUUACAAAGAUCUCAGCGAAUCAGUGAUAGUGACAUCUCAGAUAAUGAUGUUGAUGAUGGUAUUGGAGUAGUUCCUUCAGUAGGUUAUAGGUCUAGCACUAGAGAAGGUAAAUCUGCAACAUUAACUGUGCCAGAACAGCAAAGAACAACCCAUCAUCGUUCACGAUCUGUUUCUCCUCACCGUGGUGACGAUCAGGGCAGGACCCGUUCUCGUUUACCAAAUGUGCCAUUACAGAGGAGUUUAGAUGAAAUUCAUCAAAUGAGAAGAUCACGUUCUCCAACUAGACACCAUGAUGCCUCCCGAAGCCCGAUCGACCGCAGGUCUAGAGAUAUGGAUAGUCAGGAUUUGUCAGAUCAAGAAAGUGAGCUUCUUAUGCUGCCCAGGGCAAAACGAGGAAGAAGUGCAGAGUGCCUACAUACCACCAGAAAUUCUGUUAAGUACUUUAAAACACUACCACCUAAGAUGCCUUUAUUAGAGAAUGGCACUUACUGGAGUAUUUACAGCUCAACCCUGCCUGCAUGUGUUAAGGCCAAAUCAGUACUUAGUCAGGAUAUUUCACUUCUUCGUAAUUGCCUUAACUCACGAAUACCAAGAUUUACAGAUGAACUGUUGGUUAGUGAACUGCAGCCCUCGCUUGACAGGGCUAGGAGUGCUAGUACCAACUGCUUGAGGCCUGAUACUAGUUUGCAUUCACCAGAACAAGAAAGAGGUAGAUGGUCCCCCUCAGUAGAUAGACGAUCCACUAGUCCCCGGAUUCAUAUCCAACAUGCAUCUCCAGAGGAUGACAGAACAACUACGCUGGAGUCUUGCAUUCCAAAACAAGGCACUUUAAACCAUCUAAGUGCUAAUCCAGAAGAAACGCAGAGGCAUCCCAGAAAGGUGGAAAGAUAUAGCAACCAAAAACAAGCUAGGAAAGGCCCUGGAUCUGAAUCCGAAAGGGUUCUACUGCCAUGUGUUGCUAGAAGGGGACUUCCAACCCCAAGAAUCAGUGAUCAGCCAGUCAUUAGGGGAAAACAUCACACUCGCUCAAGGUCGAGUGAGCAUUCUAGUCUCAGACCAUUAUGUUCUGUACAUCACCUUGCUCCUGGAGGGUCGGCACCACCUUCUCCACUUCUGACAAGAAUGCAUCAACCAGGAAGUCCCAUGCAGUCGUCUCCAGCAGACACACCCUUCAGCAGUCAUAGGGGGAGACAGCUUCCACAAGUUCCUAUCAGAAGCGGCAGUAUAGAGCAAGAACAAGAGAAUUAUAGCUCAUCAUCAAAAGCAAAUUUAGUAGUGGAGGAACGAACGAGACAGAUGAAAAUGAAAAUGCAUCGUUAUAAUCAGACAACAGGGUCUGGUUCUAGUCAAGAACUUGAUCGUGAGCAAUAUAUCAAGUAUAAUAUACAAGCAGAUCAGUACAGAAGUUGUGAUAACGUCUCUGCCAAAUCAUCAGAUAGUGAUGUCAGUGAUGUGUCAGCCAUUUCCCGUACCAGCAGUGCCUCACGCCUCAGCAGCACAAGCUUUAUGUCAGAGCAAUCAGAGCGCCCUAGGGGCAGAAUCAGGUCAAAGUCCUUAGAGAUCUGCAAAACUGAUGGCAAAAAAGAAAGAAGGAUAUCAUGGGAAUUAGAUGACAAGACGGGGCACAGUGGAAAAAAAAUGAAUGUGGAAGACAAGAAAAGGAGAAGGCAUACUGUUGCUGAUGUGAGUACCUUUACUCCUAAAAUGCAAGGCAGACGGAUGGGAACUUCAGGGAGAACCAUCACAAAGAGCACAAGUGUGAGUGGAGAGGUGUAUAAGCUGGAACAUAAUGAUGGGAGUCAAUCAGACACUGCAGUUGGUACCGUUGGAACAGGUGGGAAGAAAAGACGAUCAAGCCUUAGUGCCAAAGUGGUUGCCAUGGUAUCUCGAAGAAGCAGAAGCACAUCCCAGCUUAGCCAAACAGAGACAGGCAACAAGAAGCUAAAAAGCACGAUUCAGAGAAGCACAGAAACAGGGAUGGCAGCUGAAAUGAGAAGUCGUAUGGUUCGGCAACCAAGUCGGGAGUCAACUGAUGGCAGCAUCAACAGCUACAGCUCAGAGGGAAACCUAAUAUUUCCCGGAGUUCGCCUUGGUGCUGACAGUCAGUUCAGUGAUUUCCUUGAUGGACUUGGACCUGCCCAGCUUGUUGGUCGACAGACCUUAGCAACUCCUGCCAUGGGUGAUAUUCAAAUUGGAAUGGUGGAUAAGAAAGGCCAGUUAGAAGUAGAAGUCAUCAGAGCCCGAGGUCUCACACAAAAGCCUGGUUCUAAAUCUACCCCUGCUCCAUAUGUCAAAGUGUAUCUGUUGGACAAUGGGGCUUGUAUAGCCAAGAAGAAGACUAGGAUUGCAAGGAAAACCCUUGACCCUUUAUAUCAACAGACACUGGUUUUUGAUGAAAGUCCACAGGGUAAAGUCCUUCAGGUGAUAGUCUGGGGAGACUAUGGCAGAAUGGAUCACAAAUGCUUCAUGGGAGUGGCACAGAUCCUGCUGGAAGAACUUGAUUUGUCCAGUGUGGUAAUAGGCUGGUAUAAAUUAUUUCCACCCUCCUCCCUGGUGGAUCCAACGUUGACUCCUUUGACUCGCAGGGCUUCCCAGUCAUCUCUGGAAAGUUCAACUGGGCCUCCCUGCAUUCGAUCUUAGUGAAUGUAACAGCAGGUUCUUUCUAACAAAGCUGUUAUCCCCACCCCACCCCCAGGAUAACAAUGGGAAUAAAGCUAUUUACAACAAUGAGGAGCAUUUUUUUAAAGAGACAAUCACUUCAGUUUUGCCUGUAGUAGUUUAUCCAAAAAUACGUCUUGUUUGUUAAAAGGUGGCUUAAAUUGACCGAACAUAUCAGUAUAUCAAACUACAGGAAAUCCAUCUAGCAAAACAUCCCUGAUUGCAUCUGAUAAUCAUAAUGAUGAGGGAUUGUUUAAAUUAAACUGGAACCGCUCGCUCUUACCACAACUAUUUUCCCUUCAUCUUUUUCGCAAAGAUCACAAACAGUGUUAACUUCCUGAUGUUUCUGUAUGUGUUACUUCCACUUGUUUUUGCUGUGUUAUUCUGCCAGGGGUGUUUUUUGUUUUUGUUUUUGUAAAAGUCUUCAUGAUGCUAACAGAGACCCUUCCUUUCUUUUUCUAACCAAACCAAAAAGGGCUGAAGUACAUCUCUGUAAGCAUCUCCAAAAGUGUUCUCCUGACAGAAUGACCAUAUGAUGCCAAUAAUAUUCUCAUUAUUUCCCUAUUCCAGUUCUCCAUAGUAAACAUAUAUGGAGAACUGGAAUAAAAGAUCAAUCUAUAGAUUAGUUUAGCUUUUUAUUAGAGUUUAUCAUAAUUUUUCAUUGUAAAAAGUGAAUGUAUUUGCAUUAAAUAUCAUGGGGGUUUUAUGCUUUAUGAAGAUUUCGCAUGAAGGAGAUUUGCAACUACCACUAAUGCGGCGAGCUUGAUAAAAAGCAGCUUUGGUUUUCAUUUCAGCAUUGGUAAUGAUAGUUGUAAUGCGGUUGUCUUACCAGAUCUGAAGCAAAGCAUCUCUAACCUUCAUGUGUAUAAAUGUAUAAUUGACUUCCCAAAUGUUGACAAGGAAUGGAAUUGCUGAUACGUUCAGCUGUACCCAGGCAUACAUGUCACUUUUGACACACUUGUCUGCCUUGGUUAGAGCAUGGUAUGAGUUCAGUUUUUCACUGGAAAUUCCAGUUGAAAUACUCUGCACUUACUAAUGUUUUUAUCCAAUUUCAGUUUACAUUUCUUUGAGACUGAUGCAAGCACAAUGCUUGAUUUUUUAAACAAAAGGUAACAUUUGGGGUGGGUGGGCGGGAGAGGAAGAUGCAGUAAAAACAAAAGCCAACUUGCAUUUGUUCAUUUAGGUUCUUUCUUGACCUUGAAUUCCCUUGUGUUUUUCUGUAAAUGUGCUAACUGCAGAAUGUGCAGGUGCAUUGAGAAGUUCUCCCUCCUUUUGGGGCCAUUAAUUUUGUGAUCUCACAAAAUAGAGCAGCAUGACUUGGAACUGUUCAAAGCUGCAUGCACGUUUUGUUAAAAAAAAGAAAAGAAAAAAGAAAGAAAAAAGAAACAAACAAAAGAGAUUAUUUAAUAAUGUAUGUUAGUUCCACAUAGGCCAGGUUGUAUGUUGCAUGUACUUGUACAGUUUGCUCGUAAUUACUCGAAUGAAGUAACCAAGAAAUCUAAGCCAUCCAUUUUUUCUUAUAGACAUUUUGCAGGUUUUAGCCAGGCUGUGUCAGUCAGUCUGGUGCUAAAUGUCUAUAGAUGGACUUUAUUUUUUACCCUAUGGAAAACGUGACGUAGUACGGACCAAAUUCCUUCUAAUAAAUAUUUUGGUGUAGAUUCCUACUGUGGGGUUGUAACACAUGUAGAAACUGUGUACACAAUUAGGUUUUCCUUCAUAGACAUAACUGCCUGCACCAAGUGAACUAUUUAUUAUUUAUUAUUAUUAUUAUUAUUAUUAUUAUUAUUAUUAUUAUUAUUAUUAUUAUUAUUUAACAUUGCCAGAACUAUUCUACCCAUGUUUCCAUGGGGCAUAGAUUGAUUACUGCUCGACCUGCUGAGCAGGAAGAACUGAAGCACUGGUGCACUAUUAGAUUCUGUUCUGUCUUUUAGUGGCCAAAAAAAAAAGAAUCGAAUGAAUUAAAAAUUUGGUAGUACCUUUCUAUUUUGACCACUUGUCUUAACAUUCCCCUGUGCUUUUAAAUGAAUUUCCAACUCAUGUUAUGUAGACAUGUUUAAUAAAAUUUCCUUUUCAUGUUGA